AAGUUAUCGCUACCUCCAUGUGGUCCAGUAUACAUGGCUUGCACUGACGUCACUUCCGCAGACGCCAAGUUUGUUUUCCGGCAUACUGGAGCACCACGCCGAACGUGCGCUGUCAACGCUGCGAGUCGUAUGCGAAUGGAAACGCUUUGCCAUGGCUAUUUGCGCAGUUGUAGGGUGUGCUAAUCGCAGCAAAAGCAGCUCGAGAAAGGAGUCUUCAAACACAAACCUUUUUCGCCUUCCGAAAGUUGUAGAACGGCAAGGUGAACGAACGAAAACGCUUAGCUCGAAGCGACGCAGCCUGUGGCUUGCGCGUAUCAAGCGUGCCGAUCUCAAAGGCGAUCUACCAAACAUCCGAGUGUGCGGCGCUCACUUCGUAACAAGGAGACCAGCGAAGCUCUGGGAAGAAGCAAGCCCGGACUGGGCACCAACACUUCUGCUAGGCUACAGAGCAAAGCAUGAAGGCAGUGCGCGCUACGAGCGUGCUGCGAGGCGACGGUUCAAGCUGGCGACUACCGAGGUCGACGCGGAGACCGCAGCUGGAACUUCUGGACUCGCCGCAACGCCACCCGAAAACCUGUGCGGCGGCGACGACGGCGACGACGCACACGCAGACGACAGCCCAUCACUGCCGCGAGCUGAAUGUGAAGGCCAGGCUGCAGAAAAUGAGUCAGGAGUUGCUGUACAGGCGGAGAUGACCAUGGCAGACAUUGCAGCAUUGGAGCAACAGUGCAAUGAACUAAAUGAUCAUCUCUAUGCCCUGCGUGCCCACAUUGACCAGCUGGAGUGGACUGAAGCAGCAUUCAGGAAGAACAAGGCCAAGGUCCUGUAUUACACAGGAAUGGCAAACUUCGACAUUUUAAAUGGCUUAUUUAAACUUGUGGAGUGCUAUGUCCAACAUGGUGUGAACAAUAGCCUGUCAAAGUUUCAGGAGUUUGUCCUCUUUCUAAUGAAGCUGAAGUUGAAUUUGCAGAAUGCUGAUCUUGGCUUUAGAUUUAGAGUUUCAGAGGCAACAGUGUCACGCAUUUUUCGUAAGUGGUUGUAUGUUGCAGACUGUCGGCUGAAGCCAUACAUUUCAUGGCCAGACCGGGUCACACUGCAGCAGACAAUGCCCCAGUCUUUCUUCGAUUCUUUUGGAGGUAAUGUGGCCACAGUCAUUGACUGUUUUGAAAUAAAAAUAGAACGGCCAUCGUCAUACGAGGCAAGAAGCGAGACAUGGUCGCAAUACAAGCAGAGCAACACUGCAAAAUUUCUGAUCGGCAUCGCUCCUCAGGGCGUCGUCACCUUCAUUUCAGAGGGUUGGGGGGGCCGCUGCAGUGAUAAGCAUAUCACGGAACAUUGUGGAAUUUUAGAUAACUUGCGCCCUGAUGAUGUUGUGCUUGCUGACCGAGGAUUUAAUAUCUCCGAGAGUGUUGGGUUCUAUUGUGCACGUUUGCAUGUUCCAGCCUACACUAAAGGCAAAAAACAACUGUCGGCAGAAGAAGUCCAGAGUACCAGAAAACUUGCCAACGUUCGCAUUCAUGUGGAGCGAGUUAUUGGCCUCAUAAGAAAUAAGUUUACCAUAUUGAAAUGCACUCUCCCCAUUGAGUACGUUACCCGCCGAGAAGGUGAUCACGCUCCGCCACUGGACAAAAUUGUCACUGUAUGCUGCGCUUUAUCCAAUCUUUGCCCAUCAAUUGUUGCCGAGCUGAAGGAAGCCAGUGGUGAAGUGGCCUUGCAUACCUCACAGCCUUAUUAGUGUGCGAGGCUUUCAUAAAUCUUUGCUCGUACCGUGCUAUUCAUUACGAUGUCUUUUAUUUUCAUGGAGUUUUUUCACUGGAACAAUCUCACUUCUAUCAACCUGUAUGCCUAAGGUAGAAAAUUUCUGAUGAAUGAGAAAAAUCACUACAUUACUCUGCAGUGUUACAAUCUUGCAUGUGCUUUGCUCUGUGUGGAGCAGAGAGCAAAAUGCCCCGGUAAAUAAAAUAUGCUUGACUUGUA